AUGGCCGAAGGGUCGCCAGACUAUAAGGUUCUGUACCUGGAGGCAGAACGCAAGCGCGAGGAGGAACAACGCAGGCGCGAGGAGGAAGGACGGAGGCGAGAAGCAGCGGAGAACGCUCAAAGAGAAGCGGAGAACGCUCAAAGAGAAGCGGAGAAUGCUCAAAGAGAAGCAGAGAACGCUCAAAGAGAAGCAGAGAACGCUCAAAAGGAGGAACAACGCAGGCGUCAGGAGGCAGAACGUAAGCGCAAAGAGGAGCAAAGUAGGCGCAAGGAGGCGCAGCAAGCUCAAGAAAGAGCGGCAGAGAAGACGCGCAAGACAGCCCUUCCCGAGUUCCUCGAUGCCUGCCACACCCAUCUCCACUCCGGCCUCACCGUCCAGACCGACCCGACCCUAUCCACGCAAGGCAAUCCUGCCAAUGCAAACAACAAGCUUCGCCCGGAAAGGGUG